UUUUUUUAUUUUUUUUUAUUUUUUCUGUCUAUAAAUUUCUGGGCACAUUAACACAGUCCCCUGCAUGGUCAUAGCUAGCAAGUUAAAACAAUGAGCUCGAGCUACCAUCAUAUUGUUCCGAAAGAUGAGAGAUCAACUGUUCUCCCUGAAAUCUCCCGAUACCCAAAUGUGCACAUGCUCUUUCGCAACAAAGUGAUCAGUACCACUACUAACAACGAAGAACAGGUACAUGAAGACAAUAAUAUUAGAUCUCGUCCCAAGAACCAUGGCUCCAAGAACCAGACUACUCCAGUAGUAGGGUUUGUAGAGAAGGUUGAAGUGAUAGAAAAUGUUAAAGUGACAGAUCGUGAUGAGGAGAUCAAAGAUGGCCCUAAGAAUAGGAACUCUGAAGUUCAUGAAGAGACCACUCUUGAGCAGGAUGCUGAUGGCUACCUGGAGAAGAAGCACAAGGGCUUUCUUAGCAAGUGGAAAUCCUACAAAGAUUAUUAUUAGGGUUGGAAGGAAGUCAUGUGUUGGCUGUGGUUGAUUGGCAGGCAAAACUACUCUUUAAGUAUAUAGUGUUACGAACCAACAGGAAUGCAUGCUUUUUAAAUAAUAUGCCUGUCUUUAAUGUCACCAAACAUUUUUCUGUUGUUGCCUGAUUAGUUGCCUCUUUAUAAUAAAGAAUUAAAAGAAAAAAAAAAUACAAAUAUUAUCUA